UGGGCCUUUAAGCUAUGAGGUUAAGGAUUUGUUGAGUGCUGCCUGUAGUUGACCCUUUUAACGAACGGACCGCGCUGUAGUAAAACGGCUCCGCCCACCAUUGUUGGUCACGUGACUGGCCGUCGCCCCGGUUGUCUCGGAAGCAUCCUGGUGUUAGCAGUUUACUGUGGCCAGAAGAAUAGAGUAAGACGUACUUUUUCUCCAGAUGGAGAAAUCAUGUAUGUGAUUGUUGGGAACCGAACGAAGACAAGGAGCUACUGCAGCGGGGUUUUCCGACACUGGCUGACUGCUCGUACCUGACGAGGCCAGUUAAAAAGGCUAGCAAACACUUAGCGCUUAGCUAAUCGUUUAAAGUUUGACGGACAGCUAGCUGCUAAAGCUGUUUUACAUCUGUACAGCUACUACAGCAUCUGGGUAGGAAACAGUUCUUGUAGCUAUUAUGCUAAUUAAAAAUGCUGGAGAUGGUAACACUUUAACCGGCCCGAUCAGAUUGAAAAGUAAGGUUUGCGUUAUUACAAAGUAACUAUUAGCUACCUUCUGAUUAAUGACUGCUGUGGCACAGCUAAUGCUAACAGUGCGUUAAAUUACACGCAGUGCUAAAGUAGCACAGACAUAUUCAAUGACGGAAAUUGAAAGCAGCACUAUUGUUUCCUCUAAAUGUCGGUGGAGAUUUUGCAGCUGUUACAAACCAUUAAGAACCGCAGAAGCAACACGUUCUGGGUUUUUCGAUUGAUUUCGGCCAAUCACAUGAGUAAAAAACAAUGCGAAACCCCAGGAUGUCAAAUGCAUGGGGAUUAACGUUAACCCAACAACAUUGCCUCGAAAACACAGCUGUCCUGUCAUUUCGAUAAUCCCUGCGUUCCUCUCGAUGCGUCCACAAUAGAUCUCUGUACUUGCUCAGUCUGUAGCGCAGUCAGACAGUUAGCGUCUACCUUCAUUAAAUCAGUCUAUUCAGGCUUUUGCGCCUUAAAGCCAUGUCUGGGGACACAUCUGACAGUAGUGAUGACUCCGAUGGGCAAUCUAACGAGCAGGCCUGUACUGUCGAGCAUCAAAUCACCAAUGCCAACCUCACAGGUCACACUGAAAGGGUUGGCAUGGAGAACUUUGAGCUGCUCAAGGUUUUGGGCACCGGAGCUUAUGGAAAGGUGUUUUUGGUUAGGAAGAACACCGGCCAUGAUGAGGGCCAGCUGUAUGCUAUGAAGGUUUUAAAGAAAGCAGCGAUCGUUCAGAAAGCAAAGACAACAGAACACACUCGCACUGAGAGGCAGGUACUGGAGCACAUCCGCCAGUCCCCCUUCCUGGUCACACUUCACUAUGCCUUUCAAACUCAGAGCAAGCUGCACCUCAUCCUAGACUAUGUGAGCGGCGGGGAAAUGUUUACUCAUCUGUACCAGCGAGAUCACUUUUCAGAGGAUGCAGUGCGGAUUUACAUCGGAGAAAUAAUUCUUGCUCUGGAGCACCUGCACAAGCUUGGGAUCGUGUACCGAGACAUCAAAUUGGAAAAUAUUCUUCUAGACAGCGAAGGUCAUGUGAUGUUGACAGACUUUGGACUCAGCAAAGAGUUUCUGGAAAAAGAUAAAGAAAGGACCUACUCUUUCUGUGGCACCAUCGAAUACAUGGCUCCUGAAAUCAUCAGGGGGAAGACUGGCCAUGGCAAGUCAGUAGAUUGGUGGAGCCUGGGGAUCCUGAUGUUUGAGCUGCUGACAGGAGCUUCUCCUUUUACCUUGGAGGGAGAAAGGAACUCUCAGAGUGAAGUGUCAAAGCGUAUCCUGCGCUGCGAUCCACCAUUUCCCUCUAUGAUUGGACCUGUUGCUCAGGACCUGCUGAAGAAGUUAUUGGUGAAAGAUCCACACAAGAGACUUGGCUCUGGACCCCGAGGAGCUGAGGACAUCAAAGCUCAUCCCUUCUUCAAGGGACUGAACUGGUCUGACUUGGCAGAGAAGAAGGUACAAAGUCCAUUUAAACCAGAGCUGAAAAACGAGCUCGAUGUGGGCAACUUUGCUGAAGAGUUCACUGGAAUGGACCCUGUCUACUCGCCAGCCAGUACGCCUCCCAGCACAGAUCGCCUGUUCCAGGGCUACUCCUUUAUUGCUCCUUCCGUUUUGUUCAAUAAGAACGCAGUCAUGGGAGACUUUGUCGAAAGUCAGAUUGGAGCUGAGCGCCCAGCUUCUGCUUCUGUCCAGCAAAGUGCAAUGUUAAAGGAAUCCCAGUUCUUCCAGCACUACGAGCUGGACCUUCAUGGACCUCCACUUGGUGAGGGGAGUUUCUCCGUGUGCAGGAAAUGCAGACACAAGCAGAAUGGCCACGAGUACGCUGUUAAGAUCGUCAGCCGCAGAAUGGAGGCUAAUACUCAGAGGGAGAUUGCUGCCCUGAGGCAGUGUGAAGUUCACCCCAACAUCGUCAAGCUGCACGACGUCUACACUGAUCAGUAUCACACGUAUUUAGUGAUGGAGCUUCUGCAAGGCGGAGAGUUACUUGAUAGGAUCAAGAAGAAGAAGCUGUUUGGUGAGGCAGAGGCCAGUCAGCUGCUCCAGAGCCUGGUGUCAGCUGUCAGCUUCAUGCACGAGGCUGGAGUGGUACACAGAGACCUUAAACCCGAGAAUGUGCUGUUUACUGAUGAGGGCGAGGACUCAGUGCUUAAAGUCAUAGACUUUGGGUUCGCCCGCCUGUGCCCCGCAGGCAGCGCCCCUCUGCAGACGCCUUGCUUCACGCUGCAGUACGCUGCUCCAGAGCUUUUUGAGAGUGCAGGAUACGACAAGUCCUGUGACCUCUGGAGUCUAGGGGUCAUCUUGUACACCAUGCUGUCAGGCCAGGUGCCGUUUCAGAGUGAGCAGCGUGGGAUGACCUCAUCGUAUGCUACAGACAUCAUGCAGAAAAUAAAAGAGGGGGAUUUUUCGUUGGAAGGGGAGGCAUGGAAGGGUGUAUCAGAGGACGCCAAAGAGCUUGUUAAAGGACUACUGACUGUAGAUCCAGAGAGACGUCUGAAACUGUCCGAACUGAAGGAGAACAGCUGGCUGCAAGGCGAAGCUUCCAUGUCCACCACUCCCCUGUGCACUCCUGAUGUGUUAGAGUCCAGUGGGCCCACAGUCCGCACCUAUGUCAAUGCUACAUACAAGGCUUUUAACCGGUGCAAGAGAGAGGGCUUUUUUCUGAAAAGCGUCGACAACGCUCCGCUCGCAAAACGACGCAAGCUCAAGAUGACGAGCACGGGCGUGGAGACCCGAUGGAGUUCCUCCUCUUCCUCUUCCUCUUCCUCCACGUCCUCCUCUGCAUCCAAAGAACAGCACAAGCAGACUGUGACCCCAAAGCACAGCAAGCCAAAAUGAAACGGCAAGAGCAACACUGACAAAUAAAUAAGGGGUGUGUCCUAAUACUGAGGACAUCAUGUCUCCCAGUGAGUCAGUUCUAAAAAAAAAACCACACUGACGGGUUGAAACACGGGUGCGAGUACAACAAAAGUUUUAAUGCAAAAUAUCUUCAUUCCUUCUGCUGCAUUCUACUCAAACCAAAUGUGUAUUUUCUUUAAAAGAGAAGAGGUGCCAUUGAAGAUUUAAAUUGCUAUUCAGUAUUUUUCUCAGCACAAUCUGUUUGUCCUCACUGUGGCUAGAAAACUGUGCAUGGUUAGAGGAGGAAGAAAGGGAAAAAUGAGCCAUUAAUGAGCAGAAGCCAUAAAAACAGCAAAAACAGCAAAUCUGUGAGCAAGACGGCACACUGCAAUAGAACUGGCCUUUUGAUUGUGGAUUCAACUGUAAUCAGUCAGAGAUUGAGAAAAUUUGAGAAAACUAACUGUAAAUACCUGCCCUCAAGUGCUCCACCACAUGAUGGCGCUCUGAUCAGUAUAAAUAAAAUAAAAGUUGACCUUUUAUCGGUGAAGUCUGAGGGCAAAUGUGAGCUGUUUGCACUAUCAGCAGAGAAUGUAAAUAAUCAAAUUAUCAAAAAUAAAUGAAAUGUCUGCAGGGACUGAGCACAGAGGGAUUUAUUUUAUCAUGUUUAUUUGUCACUUGGAUUUUAGGCAUUGUAUGGGACAGUAAUGCUGUAUUGGCCUUAGUUGGAAUCAUUUGUAUGAGCUUGAUAAGGUUCAUUCAAAUGGUGCUGCGUUUCUAAUACACUACCAGCUCCCAUGUAAUCCUUUUGGUGGAGAUCAUGUCUCAAAUGGUUGAACUCUAAAAACAACAGAGUUUGGCUUCAAGUGUUCAGGGGUAGAGAGCUGUAUAAACACAAACAUGCUUACUGUAUUUAGUCUCAUCGUUGUUUCAGUUUGCAAAUUUCUGGCAUGCGGUUUUCUAUAUUUUGGUAUCUGACUGAUAAAAGAUUCAUCACUUCAGGAGUUGAGUGUUGAGCGGUUUGGUGAUUUGGAGCACACACAGCGCCUUGUGUUUCUGCAUUUAAUCUCAUUCUGCAUUGUCCAGCUGGCCCCAGCCCAGUGCCAUAAUGGGCUCCCACAAAUACUGAGUCCUGUCGUCUAAUGACUGAGCUCAGCUUUGUUUCACCUCGCCUGACCUUUUUCUUUUUGCAGAGGUGGUUUUAAAACAUUGUACAGCUUUGAAACUCAUGAACAUGUUUAAGAAUGAGAUGAUUAAUCACAACUUUUUGGUGAAAGUAAUGUACAUACCCUUCUUGAUUUUUAAACAAAAAAAGAUUAUGUAAUGAAUUCUGGUUUAACAGCAGUCUGAAUGGUAUAUUAUUGUUUUUAUUGGACUUCUUAAAUGUUGCACAGGCAGUUGAGCAAUUAAACACAUUUCAGCUUUAAUGGUGAUUUUGCUGAUAUUUAUUACGUCCUUGAUUUUUAAUGCUGUGGUUAUGGGUUUAUCAUGAUUUAGCCCUUGUUGAGGUCUGGUCCUGUGUGUGUGUGUGUGAGAGAGAGAAUGUGUGUCUAUGUGACAUACUGAGGGAUGUCUGCAGAUCUGUUGUGCUGAUUCUGUGCCAGACGAAGCAUUAUUGCCGUAUUACUUUCUGUUGCGGCUCCCCACUGAUGUUGUUUUGAAUUUAACUGGUUAUUUGUUAAUGUUUUUAUUCAAGUAUUGCUUUCAUUGGUGUUGAUAUUCUUCUGUUGUUGUAGGUGAUUUUCCUUUUCUCUCUCGUCUUUUACUCUCAUUACAUUUUUAGUCUUACUAUUUUACUGUCAAUGUCCUAACUGGGAAUUUAUCUUUUGCACCAAGAUUAGUAUUUUUGUUUUUUUGGUUGAUGAAAAAUAAAUAUUACUUUGAAAUA